AUGUUUUCUCGAGUAGCCAUCAUCAACUUGCGAAGAGGUAAUGUUUCUUUUGUUUGUACGAAAUUUCGUAAGAAUGAUGGUCAUACACAACAACAGGGGCUUAUUCAUUCGAAGAUCGGGCCAUUUUUUAAUCGUCUUCGAAAUUUUUGUUUCAUCAGAGGUCAAAAGUCCGCUAAUUCCGUCUGCUUUGUAGUCGGGAAAAUAUUUUUUGGUGUCUGAAAGGGAACUUGAUAAGAAAUGCGUAUUUCUUGACGGGAAACAGUACUUAAGGUGGUCAGAGCAUCUGAAUCUAUCAAAGUUGGGGUUAUGUUUCGCUUUCAGCGAUUUUGUAAUUUUGCAAUUUUUUAUAUUGAUUUAGGUCAUCAGAUAGGUCCAAAAUAAAAGAUUUGUCUCUCGAAAGCCAAAGUCCAUUUUGAAGUGAGAACCGUUUAAAAUGAGCAAUCCCGAGGCCUUUCGUGUUUUCCAGAGUAAGAGGGAAAUCUCUGUAACGAAAACUUUCUACAACGGCAAGAUUUUUUGGACCCCCAAAAUUAAGAUGUACAAAGAAAAAAGGAACUAGGACGAUUGGGGAAACCGAAAAGUAUUAUUUUUCUUCGAUGCAAGUGUCGAAAUUAGGAUAAUCGAAGGUGGUGAUUUCGAAAAUGACAUUCAUAUUUUUAUCUUUAAUUUUUUUUCUUAAGUAGUACUGUAAAGCAGUAAUUUUUUUGAAUUGUUUUCACAAAUACUCGUUUUUUUGGUUUCGACCUUGCUGAUUUCGAAAAUCUUAUUCUUUUUUUCUGAUUUGAAAGCAGCACCAUCGAAACCCCCCAAAUUGAGUAUUUAUGAAAAAAUUACUGCUUUACUGUACUACAGGGUGUCCAGAGAAAUGUGCCGGAAAGUUUUUGUCGAUUUCUUGGCGCUCAAUAAAUAUAUCCGAAAAAUUAUUUUUGCAUGAUAAAGAAGAAUUUGGGCGGUUUUUUGUCCGAAAGAAUCAUUUUUUCCGCCAGCGCGGAAAGUAGUGUAUUCGACGGAGACUUUUGAUUGCUUUUUUGGCCAUCACACCAAUUUUAAACGCUAUAUUAUGAUGCUGAAACUUCCGGAAAGUCUUCAAAUUUUUGACGGAAUAAAUCACACAGACAGCGACAUCGCAAUGCGAUCCCAUAUAGCGACUGCACGGUGCAGCCUGUCGCUGCAACACCGAUAAAGUCCGAGUGCACCGUGCGGAGGUUUGAAACAGCAAGGCAAAAGGAAAUUUGAACAAAAAAUAUUUUGUUGUUUUCUGGUGCACCAAGUGGUUUUCCGAUGGCUUAGCUUCUGCCAAAGCUUGGUGACAAAAUUUUCGAAGGCAUACGAAGCCAGAAGGGUGUUCUAGCCAGGCCAUAAAAAUUGUGUUGAACCAUGUCUUGUCCGCAGCUGAGUUAUGGCCUCCGCCGAUUCGGCGAGCGUCCGCCAUACCUUCGCCGAACACUUGGUAAACAUGAAAAUAUGCAAAUAUCUUUGUUUCAACCAUCAAAGUUCAUAAUAAAGCGUUUAAAGUUGGUGCGAUUAUCAUAAAAGCGAUCAAAAGUCUCCGCCGAAUACACUGCAUUCCGCGCUGGCGAAGAAAAUGAUUCUUUUGCACAGAAAACCGCCCAUAUUCUUCUUUAUCCUGCAAAAAGAAUUUUUCGGAAAUCUUUAUUGAGCGCCCAGAAAUCGACAAAAACUUUCCGGCACAUUUCUCUGGACACCCUGUACUUAAGAAAAAAAUUAAAGAUCAAAAAAUGAAUGUCAUUUUCGAAAUCACCACCUUCGAUUAUCCUAACUCGACAGUUGCAUCGAAGAAAAAUAAUACUUUUCGGUUUCCCUGAUCGUCCCAGUUCCUUUUUUCCUUGUACAUCUUAUUUUUGGGGGUCCAAAAAAUCUUGCCGUUGUAGAAAGUUUUCAUUACGAAAGGCUUUGGACAGUUCUCACUUCAAAAUGGACCUUGCCUUUCGAGGGACACAUCUUUUAUUUUAGACCUAUCUGAUGACCUAAAUCAAUAUAAAAAAUCGCAAAAUUACAAAAUCGCUGCCCCAAGAGGGCGUCAGAUCUUCUCUCUAGACCAAAAUAGACUGGUCAAUUAUAUUAAUAGCCUUCCGGCUCCCCUUCAGCCAGUUGUUUUUACACAAGAACCAUUUUUCAGCCCCUCUCCGUCUUCCACGAGCGUUGGGACGCCAGCCCAAAAGAGUGUUGUCAUCGUUUCAGCCGUUUCGGGGUCAUUUCCUGUCCGUUCCGAACAUCCAACACAACGGUCAGUUCCUGUCGCGAUUCCCGAGUCCCGCGGUUUUCUCAUCCUUUUCUCGAUAUUACACUUGAUGCCUAUCAAUUUUUUGCGAAAAAUCAUUCUUUGUUGUAACCAUUCUUGCAAAGUUUCUUGCCACUACAAUCAAAAGUUGAGUUCCGCCCAUCAAGGAGAUUGUCAGAUUUUUAUCGCCGAUUUACACUACAAAACGCGGGAAAGAACCGUGUUGUCAAGGUCAAGUAUAAUAUCAGAUGAUUGGCGGGCGAUUUCGGACAAAAAGGCGAUUAAAACUGUUGAUAAAUGAGUUGCAUUUUGCUUCGCACGCAUUUUAUUUGUAAUUGUUUGUAACUCUUUGUAGUUGUACACUUUGGCCUAGGGCGCAUCUCGCGGAUUUUGUAUCAUCAAAAAUUAUUUAUUUUCUCAAAAGCAAAAUCGGUCGCAGGUGGUUGUUGAGAGGAGUUAUCAGUCAUGGGCAUCGUGUUAUCAGUUGGUAUGGUGUUUAUGAAGGCGAACGGGGUUCGAAACUGAAUUUUUUGUAUCUAUUUGGUGUCUAUCAGAUAAAAAUAGGGAUAUUUUGACAAAAACAUGUGCGGAGAGGGUCUUCACGUGAAGACCCUCUCCGUAAAGAUCUUCACGGAUAUUUCACAAUUGUUUUGCUCAAUUCUCUGCUAUUUUUGUCCCGUUUUUAAAUUUUUUUCACGGCUGAUGCCAUGGAUAAUAUAAUUUAUUGUUUAUCUCAACUUUUUAGCAUGGAUAAUAUUUUUGCGCGUUGAACACAGACAAAAAAUGUCCUAAUCGAGCUAUUUCAGCAUCUUAUUUCCUCUCAUCUGCCCAACCAGCAGUGAAAACGAACGAAAAAUCGGAAAUGUCGGACAAAUUCGCGAAACUCCCGACCUACGCUCACCCCACUCACUAUUCCAUCCACCUGAAGCCCAACCUCACUACCUUCAAAUGUGAGGGCCGUGAGACCAUCGCUGUGAAAAUUGACGAGCCCACAAACAAGCUGCAGCUCCAUUCUGAUAACAUCGAAGUGAAAUCGGCCAAGGUCAAACUUGCCGAUGGAAAAGGUUCGUGUUUUCUUUGUUUUUGUUGGUUUUUAGGAAAGAACUGCGGGGAAUGGACGUCAAGGGGGCUGAUUAGGGUUCGCAGUCGUCUACGAAAGAAAAGGCGUUCUUUUUACAUGGUUUCGAUAAUGUUUUAGGUCAGCUUUUUUGUUUCGCCUCGAUAUUGUCAAAUCUUAGUGUAGGACUCCGAAAAUUAAGUUUAUUAGAAAGAAUUUUUAGCGGAAGGGCAGUAUUCACCACCCUGAGUGUUGUUGAAUAAAGUUUACAGGCUUUAAAAUAAAGUUUGAUCCAACUUGACCUCAUUUUACCUUUUCCAGAGCUGCUCAACCUUCCAAUUCAAUUGGACAAGAAGUGGGGAUGGCUUCAAGUGGAUCUGCCUUCUGAAAUUAACCCUCAACAAGUGGAACUAACCCUCGACUUUAUUGCCGAACAUAGCGAGCAUUUACAGGGCUUCUAUCGCUCGUCUUAUAAAGAUGCCCAAGGAAAUAGCAAGUUCAUGGUCUCGACUCAAUUUGAAUCGACUUAUGCGCGAAAAGCCUUCCCAUGCUGGGAUGAACCGACUUACAAAGCGACUUUUGACAUUGAACUGGAAGUUGACAAGGAUUUGGUCGCACUUUCUAACACCCCAAUCGUCUCCGAGACUGAAGCUGAAGGAAAAAAGAUUUAUAAAUAUGAGACUACCCCAAUCAUGUCGUCGUACCUGAUCGCAUUUGCGGUGGGAGAGUUUGAAUACAUUGAGGUGAGUCUUUUCCUGUUUGCUUUUCCGGUUUUAGGUUGAAUUUCGGACGAUUUUUAUGUUACACUUGAUCCUUACAGGCCAAAGCCAAGACUGGAACCCUCGUGCGUCUCUACACGUGCCCCGGAAAGAAGGAGCAAGGCAGAUUUGCCCUCGAUGUGGCCUGCAGAGCCUUGGAAUAUUACACCGAGUGGUUCGCUCAGCCAUACCCGAUCCCGAAAUGCGAUUUGAUUGCUAUCCCCGACUUUUCAAUGGGCGCCAUGGAAAAUUGGGGACUUGUUACUUACCGAGAAGUGUGUUUGUUGGUUGAUGAAGCAAAAUCCUCGCAUCGGCAGAAGUCUUUUGUUGCUUUGAUUGUUUCCCAUGAGCUGGCUCACUUUUGGUUUGGAGACCUGGUGACUAUGGUAAGAUAAUAUAAUUUUUGCGUUUUUUGGAGUUUAGAUCGAGUUUGAAUCACUUCUGAGGGAUUGUUACGAUAAAUGAGGCCUUGAAAAUGAAUCCAAGCGCUGGCCAAAAAUUUUUCGACCUUGUUUUAGAUGAAUUUUUGGGCUAAAAAUUUAUAUAAUAAUGUUUUCAGAAAUGGUGGACCGACCUCUGGUUGAAAGAGGGCUUUGCUUCUUUCAUGGAGUACCUGUUUGUAUCGCGAAACAACCCCGAAUUCAAGAUCUGGCUUCAAUUUGUUAGUGACGAAGUGGCCCGAGGCUUCGACCUCGACUCUCUGAGGUCGUCGCACGCCAUCGAGGUGGAAAUCGACAAUCCGAAUGAGCUGGACGAAAUCUACGACUCGAUUACGUACGCGAAAUCGAACUCCAUCAACCGGAUGUUGUUCAAUUACCUCGGCGAAGAGAGGUUUCGAAAUGGCCUGAGGGUUUAUUUGGAACGCUUCAAAUACAGCAAUGCCGUCACGAAAGACUUGUGGAAGGCCCUCUCGGAGGCUUCGGGAGAGGAUGUGGACCAAAUGAUGUCCACUUGGACUAAGCAAGUCGGAUUUCCAGUGGUGCAGGUAAGGCUUUGACCAAGUGUAAUAUAUUUUUUUUGGAAAAAGUUUGGAAUUUUGGGAAGUUUUGUUGCUGUGGAAAUCAGAGGGUCGAAUUUGACAGAAAGUGGCUUCGAUUUUGUCUGUAAUAAAAUCGACCGGUCAAAUUUCCGAGUUUUUAAUUUUUUUUUGUAUUUUUGAUGGAUAUGAUAGAUUAGAAGGUCAUAUGCAUUGUGAGCAGCAUUUUUAGGGACUUGUUGACUAAAGUUAUCUGAUGGACGAAACAUUAUAAUGCAUAAAAAAUAAAAAAAAGACGAAUUUUUGUUGUCUAAAGUAAUGUUUUUUUUGAUGGUUAUUAUCAUUUUUUAAAAAUCUUAGGUCUCUGAAGAGCGUCUCCCUGGAAACAAGCGUAAAAUCCUCCUAAAACAACAAAGAUUUUUGGCCGAUGGGUCCACCGACGACACCCUCUGGCACGUCCCAAUCGGAAUUUGCACGGCCUCCAACCCCAACGAGCCGGUCCAUAAAGUGCUCCUCACCAAAGCGCAAGACGAAUUCGUCCUCGACGGAGUGGAUGAGAAGGACUGGAUCAAGCUGAACGCCAGCACCACCGGCUUCUUCCAAGUCCAAUACUCGAAGGACAUGCUGACGUCGCUUUUGGCCGCCAUCAAGGACCAAAAGCUGGGUGUGCUGGACAGAUUCGGAAUCUCGAAUGAUCUGUUUGCCCAGGUGAAGGCCGGCAAAGUCCCCACCGCCCAGUUCUUGGCGUUGUAUGCGGCCUCGACCAACGAAAAUGAGUAUAUCGUGUGGGGCGCGCUGGACACUGGAUUGUCGACGAUUUCGAACGCUUUGGCCAGAGCUAGCGACCCAAGUCUGAAGGAGAAGCUGAACGAGUUCGUACGGAGAGCGCUAGAGCCGGUUGGAGAACGAUUGGGAUGGGAGAAGAGGGACGGAGAAGGUAGGGAUUUCUGUAGUACAGUGGGGGACCUUAUCGAGUGGCAAAAAAAAGAGAAUUCAAAAUCAAAAAAAAAUCUAAAAUACAUCAAAUAAAGUGAAAUUAUAUAUUCAAAAUCAUUCCAAAUCCCCUAAACUCCCAUUAAGCACCCCCAACUUUCCUUCCCAACCCCAGAAGUUCCCAAAAUUUCAAAGAAAAUCAUCUCCACUUACAGUGGGGGACUUGAUCCAGUGGCAAAAAACGUACCAUUUUGCAUCUGGGAAGUAUCAAAAAUGUGGCAAAAUGCUUCCCUCUCCACGUGAAAAAACUCCGAUUUGAAGGGUGCAAAUGAGCGGGUGCCCUUCAAACCGAAGUUUUUUUCACUUGGAGAGGGAAGCAUUUUGCCAUAUUUUUGAUGCUUCCCGUGUGCAAAAUGGCACGUUUUUUGCCACUGGGUCAGGUUCCCCACUGUAGGUGGAGUUGAGCUUUUUUUUGAAAUUUUGGGAACUUCUGGGGUUGAAAAGGAAAGUUGGGUGUACUUGAUGGGAGUUUAGGGGAUUUGGAAUGAUUUUGAAUGUAUAAUUUCACUUUAUUUGAUGUAUUUUAGAUUUUUUUGAUUUUGAAAAUUUUGAAAAAGUUGAGAUUUUGGGUCGAAUCAAGUUUCAGAGUGUUUGUAAACGGUCUUGAAUUUGAAUAUAAUAAUUUUUACCCCGUUCCAGACGCCCAGAUAUCAAUGCUGCGCUCUUUAAUUCUCGGCCGCCUAGCCAAAGCCGGCCACAAACCGACGAUCGAGAAAGCCCUGGCCAAGUUCGCUGAGCACGUGGAACAAAAGACGGACCUGCAUCCGGACCUCAGACAAAUGAUCUACGGUGUUGUGGCGCGGAACGCGGGAAGAGACGGAGUCCAGAAACUGCAGAAGAUCUUCGAGACCUGCGGCUUCAGCGAAGUGGAAAGAAACGCCCUCACCGCCAUGGGACAGGCGACUGAUCCCGAAAUCCUCGCCGAGGUCUACGACUAUGCGGUGUUGAAGGACAAGGUACGCUCGCAAGACCUGAUCACCCUCUUUGCCGGCGCUACCGCCACUCCCAUCGGACAGGACUUUGUUUGGGAGUUUUAUCAAAAACACUUGGAUAUAUUGAUCAAGAAGUUUGGAACUGUGAACUCAUCACUCUUCCAGUACUGUCUGAAGUUUGCUGGAUCGCAACAGUCGUCCAGCGAGUUUGUGGAGAAGUAUGAGGUAGGGGUUUGACAUGGAUAAUAUAAUUGAUGUGUGAAGGGUAAUAUUUUUGAUGAAAAAAGUGGGUGUGAUGUUGUGUAGAGCUGGGAAAGGCGGUGUAAAGGGAAGUCGGAGAAUUUUGUGCGAUUUUUUGCACGAAAAAUUGAUUUUUUGCGAAAAUUUUUAUUUUAAAAAAUUUUUGGAUUUUUUGUCAUAGGUCUUUCAAAUAAUGAUUUUUUGUUAAAUUUGGCCUAAGAAAUUGAGAUUUUUUUGAAAAAUUUUGUCUGGCCUAAAAUAGUACAGCGACGGACCUGAUCUAGUGGCAAAAAAUGUACCAUUUUGUAUCCGGGAAGCAUCAAAAAUGUGGCAAAAUGCUUCCCUCUCCAAGUGAAAAAUCUUUGUUUUGAAGGCUCCCUCACAAAAAGAACGGACGCACGGCAACCCGAAAUAGAAGAAAAAUGUUUCCCGCCCACUUUUGAGUUUCGUCCAAACGAAGUGUCAAAAUUGAAAAAAGAAAUAAAAUAAUUCCGAGAAAAAUAUUUUUCGGUCGGAAAACCCCACGAAAAAUUCUUUUGUGACAUUUCGUUUGAUUUUAACCGAUACAAAAUGGGCGAAGUGUCGAAAGGAGCCAGGAAACACUUCGGGUUGCCGUGGGACGCGCUUUUGAAAUCUGAGUUUUUUUCACUUGGAGAGGGAAGCAUUUUGCCACAUUUUUGAUGCUUCCGGGAUGCAAAAUGGUAUGUUUUUUGUCAAUGGAUCACGUACAGUGGAGAAACCGCCACUGUACGGUUUUAGGCCAAACAAAUUUUUUUCAAAAAAUCUCAACUUCUUUGGCCAAAUUUAACAAAAAAUCUUUAUUUGUGACCUAUGACAAAAAAUCCAAAAAUUUUUUAAAAUAAAAAUUUUCGCAAAAAAUCAAUUUUUCGUGCGAAAAAUCGCACAAAAUUCUCCGACUUCCCUUUACACCGUUUCUCCCAUCUCUACACAUCAUCACACCCACUUUUUUCAUCCAAAUGUUACCCUUCAUAAGUCAAUUAUAUUAUCCAUGUGUUGAUUUCAGGCGCAUGCCAAGAAAGCCUUUGAUGCCGACCAACUGAAGGUCCUCGACCGACCAAUCCGCCAGACCGUGGAGGGCAUCCUGAUCAACAAAAAAAUACGCGAAGAAAGCGAAAAAUCGGUGGCCCAGUUUUUGAUCCAAAAUUAG